AUGGAUCCCGAGUCGUCACCUCCUAAUAUUCCAGAGUAUACUGGCAACCACACUAAACACAAAUCCUUCCUGGUCAAGAAAAGAAGUCCUGAAGGGGAAGGUGAGGUUGAGAAUCAGAGUGAUCCUUCCGACCUCGCAAAUACAACUGAAAACGUGUAUAAGAAAGAAGUGAUCGACGAUGAUUUGCCUGUUGUCGCUAGAACGAGUUCGAACGGAGAUGUCCACGAGGAAUACAAAGCGACCGAUGGAGAAGCAUGGCCGAUACAGGAGACUACCAUCGUAGUUUCUGCCAUGGAGACUUCGAGUAUAUCGAAUACCAGUCACCCUAUCGCAACUGAGGACGACCCUCAAGCUCAUGAGGCCGUAAUGCUCCUUACAAGCUCAAGCAAUCUCGUGGAGCAAUCAGACGUUACUACCGACAGUACUGGUUCGGAAAAUGCGAGCCACCCUAGUCUAGAUGAAAAUAAAUGGAGUGAUGCUGAAAUGACUGGUAACACUCGAACUGAGGAGGUAGCUGCCUCUGUGGAAAGCAGUCCGGACGCUAAGGACAUCGGCAUGGAGGGUGUGACUGCACAGCCUGGCAAGGUAUCCGGUGAUGAAUUCGCGGCCGAGAUUGCGGGGACCGAAGAGACGAGUAGCGAGACUGCAAUUGUGCAUGGUGACAGUUCUCAACAAGAGGCGACCGCGACCUUGGGAGUCCGCGUCUUGGUGACGAGCCCAGCCCCAGUCAUCGAUAGCCAUGUUGCUAUCAACGCUGAAACUUCUGAUGCAAUUCUACCUAGUGAGCAGGUAAACAGUGUGUGUCUAUGA